ACGUUAAUGUCUGUAACGUUAAUGUAACGUUAAUGGUUGUAACGUUUCCCUGCAGAUCGUUUGCUUAUCUGACUGUGAGAGACAGAUUGCCGACCAUCCUGACCAAAGUUGUAGACACAAUACAUCGCAACAAAAACAAGUUUUUUGAAGAAUAUGGAGAGAAGGGCAUCGAGGCAGAGAAGCAAACGAUAGCUCUGCUGUCUAAGCUGAGGAAUGAGCUGCAAACUGAUAAACCAGUACUACCAGUGACCGACGGCCUGCAGGACACAGAGUCCUGGAACCGGUACCUGCAGAGGCAUCAGAGACUGCAACAGGACCAGGACUCUGUGAGCUGGUUCAAGUCCCCGUGGCUCUAUGUGGAGUGCUACAUGUACCGCAGGAUACAGGAGGCCAUCUGGCUCAACCCGCCCAUCAGUGACUACGACUACUUUAAUGAGGCGAAGACUCAGAGUUUUUUUGAGUCUCAGCAGGCUGUGAUGACCUUAUGUACAUACGUGGAGGGUGUCAACAAGAACCUGGAGAAACUCUCCAAGAAUCAGCUGUUUGAGCAUUUUAUCAAACUGCUCCAGGUUUCUCUAUGGGGGAACAAGUGUGAUCUGUCUAUCUCUGCUGGCCAAGAAAACUCACAGAAGAUCAGUCCAAUAGAUUCCCUCAACAGCCUGCAGCCCUUCGUCCUGGUGAACGACUCCAACGCGGUAUGGUCCACUCUUCUCGCUGCCCAGAAGCCGGGGCAGCCGGGCAGAGUGGACGUUGUUCUAGACAAUGCUGGCUUUGAGUUAGUCACUGACUUGGUCUUAGCAGAUUUCCUGGUUUCCUCCGGCCUUGCGCGUGAGGUCCAUUUUCACGGCAAGUGCUUCCCGUGGUUUGUCUCUGAUGUCACGGCCAGCGAUUUUAAGUGGACCAUUCAGCAGACGAUGGCGGCCAAUCACAAGUGGAUGUCGAAGAGCGGUGCCCAGUGGCAGAGCUACCUGAAGCAGGGCGUGUGGUCCUAUCGCGAUCAUCCUUUCUGGACACAGCCCCAUGAGUUCUGUGACAUGGCAGCUGAUGCUCCUGACCUGUACGCCACCCUGCAGGGGGCAGACCUGCUGCUGUUCAAAGGGGAUCUCAACUACAGAAAGCUGACGGGGGACAGGGACUGGGAUCACACAGUGGGCUUCGAUACUGCGCUGCGAGGUUUUGGGCCUGCGCCACUCUGUAGCCUGAGGACUCUCAAGGCCAACGUUCAGGUCGGUCUGCAGCCAGGUCAAGGGCAGAAGCUCACCUCCCAAGAUCCAGACUGGAUGACCAGCGGCAAGUACGCGGUCAUUCAGUUCUACAGCCCAAAGUCCGAACAGUAAGAGUGACCUCAGGAUCUCACUGGGAAGAUGUGGAUUCAUAAGCAGGACUUACCUUUAAGCCAUAAGACCAUUAAGUUACACGGUGUUUUUGUUCCUCUUCGUCGGUUAGCACUUGUCAUCAUGUUUGAUACAGAAAUGCACAGAAACAAAUGUUUAAUAAAUAUUUUCACUACAGAUUUGUACCAUGUCAUAGUUUAAAAUGUUAGCACUUUUAGAUCCAAAUGAUUCCCCAUGAUUUAAACACAGCGGUCGUUUACGUCGACAAAUGUUUCCUCAGAGGUGACAAAUCAAAGCAGAUAGCUUAUGUGUGUUUUUUUUUUGCGAGUAGUUUACAUGUUGUGCACAGAAGUCAUAAUGUUUACAGGUUAAUAUAGAUGCUGUUAACAAUUAUUGAGUAAGAAUUGGACUUUAUAAAUCUCCAUCCUAGAGCAGCAAUAUUUCAGUUUUUGCAUGCCGUUGAGGAGAGUAAUGAUAAACGUAAUAUAUAAUCGUAAUAUAUCAUUUUUAUUUUAAUUCAGCUCAGGUUGUUUUACUGUUGCACUCAGUGUUAUCGAUAUGCACGAAUCAAAACAAAAAAAAAUCGCUUAAGGCAGAACAUAACAUCAUUUGAUAGCUGCUCAGUUUAAAAGAUGGCAGACUGUUUUUGGGGCAAUGUUACAAUAACAGUGGCAAUGUGUGCUUGUUUUAUUUAAAAUGGCAACCCAGGUCUCUGUAUCUUCAUACAUAAAAGUGGA